AUGACUUUCGGCGAAUCUCUUUACAAAAUUGUUUCUCAUUAUUCACAAUUUUAUUUCGUUGCUAUUGCAUCGAUACUUGGUACGGGUAUUCUUGGCCUUCCGGUGACAUUAUCUGAUAGUGGUUUUCGACCAUUUAUAAUCUCAUUUUUGAUCUGUUACUUUGUUCAAGUAUUGACAAUUUUUUUCUUUACGGAAGUUUUACAAAAGGCUUAUUAUCGAAAUGUUGAAAAUUUACAACUAAGCGACAAGGAUAAUGCACCGAUUCAUAUGGAGAAAGAUGAAUUACCUACGUAUGGAUCAGAUUAUGAUUUGGCAGCAAGACAGGCACAUUUUUGGGAUUCAACAAUAAAUUAUAAAAGUACAUUAUAUUCAAAAUAUUGUUUAAUAUUUGGAUUAUUUUUGAUUUAUUUUCUUUCAAGUCUUUUUCUUUCUAUUCAUAUAACAAUGGGUGGAGAUAAUCCGCUUAUUAUAAAUAUAUGUAAAUCAAUAAAACCAAAAAAAUUUUUUUUUCAAUAUAAUGAUAAUGAAACAUCUUUAAUACCAACAAAAAUUCUUUAUCUACUUUUCAUAUUACUUAAUUUAUUAACAUUAACAUGGAUAUAUACAUCAUAUAAAGAUAUAUUUAAAUUAAAACGUAAAUGUUUAGCAACAGUAUUUUUUUAUUCACUUGUAUUAACAAAAUUUCAAGAACAUGAACGUUCAAAUAUGGUUAAUCAAAGUUUAAAACGUCUUUUAUAUGUAUCUUUAUUUGUUUUAAGUAAUAUAAUAUCUAUAUUACCUGGACUAACAAUAAAAUCUUUGAAUAUAACAUUAAAUAUUUAUUUUCGAAUAUUUUUUAUUUAUUUAACAAUAUUACCAUGGUGUGAAUCUGUAACAUUUUUAUUUUUCAAUGAAAUGAAAUUUAGUUUUAUAAAGAAAAAAUUUAUAACAAAGAAAAAUCCUGAUCUUCAACAACGUAUUGGUACACAAUACGGUGAAUUUGUGGAAUUACGAGAUAUGGUUGUUCCUUCGAGAGGCGAUGUUGAAUCUAGUGUACCACUAAUGCUAAACGACAAUGGUGAUCACGACAUAACUACUACUAUGAAAUAUUAUGCCAGACAGUCCAAUAAAGUGGAUACAAUCAAGCAAUGUUUACCAAAUCUUCAUUCAUUGGGAGAGCUUUUAUUACCAUGUUUUCUUCGACAAUUAUUUACAUUAACGGUACUAUUGAGCUUAUUAUGCUUAUUAGUAAGCUACGCACUAGCUGGUAGUCAAGCAUUUACAACUUUAUUUCAUGUCAAUUAUAUUAAAAUGAUUCCGGUUUUUUGUUGGACAUGGACAUUUGUCAUUAUUUUUCUUCAUUCAUUUAUUCAACCAAUUAUAUCAGUAUUAACUUUUCUUAAAGGAACACUUUUUACUGGAACGGUUGUUGUAACAUUAUUAGUUGGAUUAAAAGUACAAAAUCCAGUAACAAAUGAUUAUAAAGCUAUUGGAGAUUCAUUUUUAAUGAGUACAAUUGCAUUAGGUGGUUUAAUGAAUGUUAUGCCAUUAAUGUUUUCAAAAUUGAAACAGACAAGAGAUGAAAUUAUUGGCUUCAAUGUAGCUUUAUUUCUUGGUUUGACAACAUGUGUUAUUUUAAAUAUUCUUUGGUGUUGGUCAAUAUUAGCAAUUGUUCCACAACGUAGUACAUGUUUAUCAAAUAAUCUAAAUGAAUCAAUUCAAAUGGUAUUUAAUCUUUUAAAUGAAUCACAAAUUAAAGGUCAAUGUAUUUAUUCACCUUCAUUACAAAGAGCGGAAUUAAAUGGAGAAAUUUCAACAGUACCAUUAAGCAAAAUUCUUGAAACGGACGAUUAUAAAUUUUUUCAAUAUGUUUCAUUUAUUGUUCAAUUAUUUAUUGUAAUAAGUAUUUCGGUUUCAUUUAUGACUAUGGGUUCAGCAUUACAUCAUACAAUCAAAGGUGUUGUUGAUUCAUUUUGGAAUCCAACAAUAGAAGCAGAAACAAGUUUAACAAAAUAUGGAAAUAUUUUUCAAUAUAUUACUGUCCGACGAAUUAUACAAAGCAUUUUUUCUUUGAUUAUUUUCUCAAUUGUAUUUGGUAUUGCAAUGAGUAAUCCAAAGGGUUUUAAAAGUAUUCUUGAACAAGCUGGAAGUCUUUUUCAAAAUAUUGAAAUGGGUAUAUUUCUUGCAAUAAUGAUUUAUAAAGUCACAGCAACAGAAUAUCGCCGUUAUGUAUUACCUUUUCAAUUACCACAAUGGUUUAUUACUUUUCAAUGGAUCAUUCCAAUUUAUUUUGGCUUUGCUGUUAUUUAUGAUAUAUAUCAUAUAGUUUGGCAUUAUUUAAAAUAA